AUAAACAGUGUGCUUACCUGGAGGAGCUGCAGGCAAUGGAUACCAAACAUCACUGUGUGAAAUUAAAUGAUGGUCACUUCAUUCCUGUACUGGGCUUUGGAACCUAUGCACCUGAAGAGGUUCCUAAAAGUGAGUCUUUGGAGGCCACCAAAUUAGCUAUAGAUGCCGGAUUUCGCCAUAUUGACUCUGCAUACUUGUACAAAAAUGAAGAGGAGGUAGGACUGGCCAUCAGAAGUAAGAUUGCAGAUGGUGUUGUGAAGAGACAAGACAUAUUUUACACUUCAAAGCUUUGGUCCACUUUCCAUAGACCAGAGCUGGUUCGACCAAGCUUGGAAGAGUCAUUGAAAAAACUUCAACUGGACUAUGUUGACCUCUAUAUUAUUCAUUACCCAGUGUCUCUGAAGCCAGGGGGAGAACUUAUUCCUAAAGAUGACCAUGGGGAAGUACUGUUUGAUACAGUGGAUCUUUGUGCCACGUGGGAGGCAAUGGAGAAGUGUAAGGAUGCAGGAUUGACCAAGUCCAUUGGGGUUUCCAACUUCAACCGCAGGCAGCUGGAGAUGAUUCUGAAUAAGCCAGGGCUUAAGUACAAGCCAGUUUGUAACCAGGUGGAAUGUCAUCCCUAUCUCAACCAGAGUAAGCUGCUGGAUUUCUGCAAGUCGAAAGACAUUGUCCUGGUGGCCUUUAGUGCCCUGGGAGCCCAAAGAGAUAAAAUAUGGGUGGACCAGAGCUCCCCAGUUCUCCUGGAAGAUCCAGUCAUCUGUGCCCUGGCUAAAAAGCACCAGCGAAGUCCAGCCCUGAUUGCCCUUCGCUACCAGCUGCAGCGUGGGGUUGUGGUCCUGGCCAAGAGUUUCAGUGAGAAGCGAAUCAAAGAAAAUUUGCAGGUUUUUGAAUUUCAGCUAACUUCAGAGGACAUGAAAACUCUUGAUGGACUGAACAGAAAUUUUCGCUAUGAUGCCACCCCUUUUUUUGAUGGCCACCCUAAUUACCCAUUUUCUGAUGAAUACUAACAUGGAGGACUACAUCAUAGCUUCUCCCAGCAGCUCCUGCGUGUGGAUCAUGAUGUGAGAGACGUCUUAAAUGCUGGUGAUUGGACUCCUCUCUUCUGAUAAAUCCAAGCUGCUUACCAACUCACAUAGAGCUAAGGCUGUAUCAGAAAGCAAAAGCACUGCAUCUUCUCAUGUGAUGGAAAAUUAUAUAAAUUGUUUUUCCAUUUACUACGGUUUCUACUACUGGAAUGUUUUGUUUUCUUUUGACUCAUUAGGACUAUUCAGCUUACACUCCUCCAGGAGUCCACAUUUCUGUUUCAUAACAGAAUGCUAAUCAGGAGAGUUUGGACUGAACCAGCUCAAUCCCUUGAUUCAGUCUCCUUGGCAUAGUGUAGUAAACGAUGAUUCACUCGGUGUUCAUAAUUUUAUUUUCUUUCUCCUUGUUUUGUGUGCAUGGUGAUGUGAAAAUAAAUUAUAAGCAUCACCCUUCACUUCAGCAUGAGUUUCCCAAGAGCUAAGA